AUGGGUUCCGAUAAGAUAGGAGUCUCCACAGGAUGUGUUAUCACAUUAUCCUCAGGAUUAGGUCCACUGGAGUUCGUAAUUCAAAAUUACACCGGGGGUCUACCAAAAUUGAGAUAUUAUCCAUACGCAUGGACAAAGAGUGCUAGCAUUAUAUUUCUUGAUGCACAUGUGGGGACCGGGUUCUCCUAUUCAAGAACCGCAGAUGGUUGGCCAACUUCAGACUCCAAAUCAGCAGCACAGUCUUACCAAUUCCUUAAAAAGUGGUUUGAUGAACACCCUCAAUAUCUAGCAGUUCAACUAUUUGUUGGUGGUGAUUCUUAUUCAGGCAUUACUGUCCCAUUGGUCACGAAAAAGAUUGUAGAUGGUAAUAAAGAUGGAGUCAAGCCAUUUAUGAACCUCAAGAAUGCCAAAAAGGGUUGCAAUGAGAAUUACAUGAAUGUAGACCCAGCAAACACAGCAUGUAUGGUUGCGCUUGGCAAUAUCAAAACAUGCAUUAAAGAUCUGUUUCGCAAUGAUAUUUUGGAACCGAAAUGUGUUUUUGCAAGUUCUGACCCUGGAGAAGAACUUGCAGCACGAAGGUCUUUUGAAGAAGGUCCUUCAGAUUUCCUUCUCUCACCUCCAAUGAUCCCGGAUCUUUGGCGCCGAGGAUCUGUAUUGAAUUGGGAGAGAUGCAACAAGAGCUUAUCAUACACAAAAGACAUCUUGACUGUUGUUCCAGUUCAUGGAGAACUCAAAGAAUUAGGCUUAGAAGUGCUGGUAGAGAAAAGCUUACUUAACUUCCCAUGAUCUUGGCUAUAUUUUGGUAUUUUGGAUUUGUAUGAGACAAUCAAAUGAUCAAAGAUACAACUUAUGAUAGAACUCAUGAUGAAAACCAAGGAUGUAAUAUGCUAAACCUGUAUUGUUUGCUAGAUUAGGCAGGACCUAAAAGCAUAUAUAUUAAUGGAAAAUGGAAUGCAAAGAGAAUUUUUAUACAAAACCCCUUUCAGACUGAUGAGUCGCAAUAGUUUGUGUUUUGAUUUUAAAUGAAAGUAUCAGAAGAGGUGAUCAUUUUGGCAUGAAAAUUUAUGUACAGAAUUUUUAUUUGUAUAUAAUUACUCUUUUUGACAUUAUGAGCCAGAGUGGGUUUUGAUUUGAAAUGAAAAGACUAAAAUCAUUGUGUAUAACAAUUCGGUACAAGUAAGGUUACUUUGAAUGAUUCAAUAUUCACCUUACUAACUUCUUAUGUAUACAAGGAAGAAAGCAAAUUGAAUUUUUCAGCCUCAUAACAACUCUUAUGAAUCAGACAGGCAAAACUGAAGGUUAUUUCUAAUCUACUGGGGCGCAUCUUGAAUUAAAACAAUGCAAGCUGCCUCAUACUUUGCUAGCUAGGCAAUAAUUAAUGUGAUGAACUUAAGUGAAUUUAGUUAUGUUUGAGCCAAAAGUAUUCGAUCUUUGCUCGCUAAAAUAUUUCUUC